UUGGAAAGGGAUUCUAUCACAUUUAAUCGUUAUGGGAAUCUGACUGGCGUCUUUCAGGAAAAGUGUAGAAGAACCUGUUGUACUCGUCAUCGCUGCUUCCGUUCUGUUGAGAAGGAGGAGCCCUGUCGCGCGCUGUAUCUUGGGGUUUUGUUAGCAGGUCGUGGACAACACUGUGAGCACGUCUUUCUCCAGACUCCACCAACACCCACUUUUACAUCUUUCUCAACUUAUAACAUGGACGCGGGGUUCUUCCGCGGCACAAGUGCAGAACAGGACAAUCGCUUCAGCAACAAGCAGAAGAAACUUCUAAAGCAACUGAAAUUUGCAGAAUGUCUGGAAAAGAAGGUGGAUAUGACCAAGGUGAACCUGGAGGUCGUCAAACCUUGGAUCACUCAGCGAGUGACGGAGAUCCUGGGGUUCGAGGAUGACGUCGUCAUAGAAUUUAUAUUUAACCAGCUGGAAGAAAAGCACCCGGACAGUAAGAUGAUGCAGAUCAAUCUGACGGGCUUCCUGAAUGGGAAGAAUGCCAGAGAGUUCAUGAGGGACCUGUGGCCUCUGCUGCUCAGCGCUCAGGACAACAUCGCCGGUAUCCCUUCCGCCUUCCUAGAGCAGAAGAAAGAGGAGAUCAAACAGAGACAGAUUGAGCAAGAGAAGCUCGCCUCUCUGAAGAAGAUUGAUGAUGAGAAGAAGGAAAAGGAAAACAAAGAAAACAGAGAAAGGGAGAGCCCCAGAAGGAGGAAGUCAAGGUCACAGUCUCCACGGCGACGAUCUCCAGUGAAGAGGGAGAGGAAGCGCAGUCACUCCCGCUCCCCGAGGCGUAAGCCUAGUCCCAGCAGCUCCCCUCCACCACCAGCCCCAGCUGUCACCCUGGUCAGUGUUACCCUGCCCCAGAGCACUGAGGAGCCCCAGCCUGAGCCAGACACCUCAGAGAGCACCAUACCUGAGCCAGUCAUUCAGGAGGCCUCCUCCACCAGUGACGUGGUGAAGCCGGACACUGUGGUUGUGGUACCUGACUCUGUGACUGAGGUCAAAGAACCCUCCCCGGAUAAGGCUCCUAAAAAGGAGAGGCCCAAGCCCAGGGAAAGGGAGAAGGACAGCAGGAGAGAAAGGCCCCACCACCGCUCUCGCUCCCAUUCCCGCUCCCGCAGACGACCCAGAUCACGCUCCAGAUCUUACUCCCCCCGGCGGAGGCCGAGCCCCAGGAGACGGUUGUCCCCUCGUCGUAGGAGCCCCCCCAGACGUGGCCCCCCAGGCCCCAGACACAGGCGCAGUCGCUCCCCUGUCCGCAGACGGCGCUCUCGCUCCCCAUCAUCCUCUGGGAGCAGCUCCACGUCUCAUUCACCUCAUAAGAAGGCAAUGAAGAGAACGUCAACCACACCACCCAGGAAACAGCCCCGCGGCCAUGCAGCUGACCCCUCCCUCAGCCCCUCCAGGAGAAGAGCCCCCAAUGGCAGUCCCUCUGGGAAGACACAACGCUCUGCCUCCCCGCGGGCCAGAAAGGGCCGGGCCUCAGCCUCCCCAUCCAGAUCAGCUGGUUCAAAGAAGAAACCAGGAACGAGGAACGAUUCACCGUCACCUGUUCCGAAACCCAGGCAGUCUGAGGCAUCAGAGUCAGAGGGGGCUACAGCCGAUUCUGUGCAGCAGCGACGUCAGUAUCGCAGGCAGAAUCGGGAAACGUCUUCAGAGGCUGGAUCAUCAUCAUCGUCAGAGGGUGAGGGGUCCAAGAGGCCGGGCGGGGGGCCAGUGGCGAGGAACGGGGAUGUCAGGAGGCGGCGUAGUCACUCGCCCUCCUCCCCCAGGAGACGACACCGGGACGGCUCCCCCAGAAAAAGGCGCUCUCCUUCCCCCGGAGGACGCAGAUCUCCCCCAAGACGUCGCAGAUCUCCCUCUCCUCCUCCUAGGCGCAGGUCUCCCUCUCCACCACCUCGCAGACGCUCGCCCUCCCCAAGAAGGUACUCUCCCCCCAUCCAGCGCCGAUACAGCCCCACUCCCCUGGGCCCACAGAAAAGAAGGCUAUCAGGGUCUCCCUCUCCCAAACGCCUAUCCCCGGUGCCCAAGCGCCGUCCCUCCAGGUCCCCUAAGCGCAGGAGUCCCCCUCCCCAAAAGAGACGCACACCUCCCUCAUCCACCUCUCCCCCCAGACACAGGAGAAGCCCCAUGCUCCCAUCCAACCGACCAGGCCGGGACACUCGCUCCCCCCCUCCUGCUCACAGUAACCGCCUGUCCCCUUCCCCUGCCAACCGUGGCCGAGCCAGUCCUCAGGGGCGCUUUGACACCUCUCCACCUGGCCAGAGGCGCCAGGUGUCCCCCUCACACGGCAACAGGGCAAUCCGCAGGGUGUCCCGGACACCAGAGCCCCGCAAGAACCAGAGAGCCUCUCAGAGCCCCCAGCCGAUGAGGAGAGUGUCAUCAAUGUCACCGUCUGGUUCCCCUAAACCAGGAGCCCUGAAGCGGCCAGCUUCAGGCUCCCCCUCUCCAGGCCGCUCAGCCAGUGGAUCCCCACCUGCACCCCCGGCUAAAAAGGCCAGCAGCGGCUCUGGCAGCCCUUCUCCAAACAAGAAUUCUGACACCGAGCCUGGAGGAAAGAAAAACAAGAAGAAGAAGAAGGAAAAGAAACACAAGAAGGAGAAGAAGCACAAGAAACACAAGAAACAUAAGAAGGAGAAGUGUGAUGUGCCGGUUGCUGCUGGGGAUGACCAGGAGAACCAGGGGAUGGAGGGGGAUGCAGACUCCAACCCAAAAAAGGAAUCAGACAGUGAAGUAGAAGAGUGUCUGGACGACCUGGAGAAGCACCUGAGAGAGAAGGCACUGCGUUCCAUGAGGAAAGCUGGAAAGCUGUCCCCUCCACUGUCCUGAGAAGCCCGGUCACUCCCCUCCCUCUUUCUCCUCCCUUUUUCUCCUUUCCUAAUUUUCCAUUCCCUUUGUUUAGAAUUUUUUUGUUAACCUUGUUCAGCUUUAGAAUGUACAAAUUGUUUAUUCUUUAGUUUUUGUUUUCUUUUUACGGGUUUGGUAAUCUAUUGAAAUAUAUUUUUUAUCAAGAGCUUGAUAUGUCACGCGAGAUCUCCCAAUUAAUAUUAUUUUCUAAUAUUUUACCCAAAGUGUGUUAUUGCUUAUAUCCAAACUGUAAAACUAUCUUUGUUGGACCCCUUAAUUUUCAAGAUAAGAUGAGGGAUGGGAAUGGUUUAAUUAUGAUGCUUGCAUUGUACAAGUUUCUCAUACUACGACAUGCAAAAGAUUUGACUUUGGGAAUUUAGGGUUGCAUGUGCAGCUAGCGUGUCUCUGCUCUGAUGUGCAUGAAAUGGACUGUAAACAAAAGCAAAUACACAGAUCAAAGCUGUCACUUUUCCCUUUUGUCAGCAGGCAUUGUAUGGUAUUGCUAUGCUGUUUGCUCUCUAAAAUGGGGAAUGAAUCCAAACAAUCCUUUUCCCUCUGUCAUGUAAUAGAGGUGUUUGGCCUUCCAGAAAAUUCUGGCUUUGAAAAAGUCUACACAAGUUUAAAAAGAACUGGAUUUUUCAUGAGGAUUCUGACCUCACCAGAGCGAGCCGGGGUUUGAUUUCCCACAUGGGUUGAUAUGCAGUCAUACUUUGAGUUCACACUGGUCCACUCUUUUGCUUUGAGCUAUUCAUUUUUGUGGGACUGCUAUUUGACUUGUAUUUAAAAACUCCUGCUCUUGUCAUCCUUUCAGAAUUAAAAAGAUUUUAUAUUAAAACUC